AUGGCGGGCAAGUUUCUUGCUGAGAUCAAGAGCCGUCGAACCUGCUAUUCACUCGAGGCCAAGUCCCCAAUAAGUGAUGCUCGAAUUGUCGAGAUCGCCUCCGAGGUGGCCAAGCAUACGCCGAGCUCUUUCAACUGCCAGGCUACUCGAUUGGUCAUUCUCUUGAGAGAUGAGCACGCCAAGUUCUGGGAGAUUGCAAAAGAGUGCUUCAAGGCUACCAUGCCUGAGGCAACCUAUCAAGAGUAUGAGAAGAAAUUGCUGCAGCGCCAAGCAGGAUACGGCACGAUACUUUUCUUUGAAGAUCUAGACGUGAUUCGUGAAUAUCAGGUGAAGAAUCCGCGAUUUACGUGGCAUCUCCUGCAGUUUUCUGAGCACAAUAACGCAAUGCAAGCCAUUAACAUGUGGACGGCACUCAGUCUUGAGGGCCUGGGAUGCAACUUGCAACAUAUUAACCCCAUUAUCGAUCAGAGAAUCGUUGGGCAGUGGGGCGUUUUGCCUCAGUGGUCAUUGAAAGCACAGUUGGUUUUCGGAACGCCUACUGGUGCACCGGCCCACGACAAGACGUUCAUCCCGGUUGAAGAGCGUCUUUUCGUGCACGGUUUGGGCUCCUAG